GAGAGAGAGAGAGCACUACACGAAGUCCUCAUUCUCACUCGCCCAACCCCCCAACCAAAAGUCCUAAUCUUUUCUCCCCAAUUCCCUCGCAACCCACUACAAUCCACCGCCGUCUAACCCUAAUUCUCCGCUACGACGUCGUCGGGAGCAGGAUUGCUUACUAGAUGGGGUUUUUUAAGAAGAUAUUGGUGAAUCUAGGGUUUUCCAAAGACGAUGACCACGAAGUCAAAGACAAAGAGGAGGAGGAGGACGACAACGACAGUCAGCCCCAUAGUCAGGCCCAGUUCCGAGACACCGGACUUCCCCGUAAAGGCUUCAGCGUCCCUGUUCAGGUCUCCGUUGACCGUCCUCUCCCCGGCCCGAUUCUCAUUCCUUGUCGUUCCGGCGACGGCGGCGUUCAGGGUCUAAGAUGGCAUGCAAAGCGACUCAGGAUGGAUGAAGAUGGAGAUGUAGCAGAUGAAUUCUUGGAUGAGGUCUUCUCAGAUAAGUCUGCCAGCAGCAGGGGAAACAGAAGGUUUGAAGUGAAGUCCAGUACGAAGCCAGCUAAAGUGAAGAGUCAGGCUUUAUCAGAGGAUGGAAGAAUCCAACAGCGAGUGGAAUACCGAGGUAGAUCCUUGUGGAUAUGAUGAUUCCUUGAAGAAGCUUAUCAGGUCUGUUUUUUGGUUUCCUUUCAUGGUCUAUUAAUUUUUGGAGUGGAUUUGUCAUCCUAGUUCUCUUGUGCUGUUAGUGUGGAACACAGGAGCCCAUUAUAUUAUUACAUAACAGAUGUGGGUUAUCUGAAAAUUGGUUUCUUCAAGGAUCUGGGUUGUACUGCUCCUGAGCACAUAUUAUCUGGGAACUAACUGUGGUCAUGCGCUUGCAUGUAGGAGUUGGAAUGUGAACAUUUGAUAUAGUCAUUAAUAUACACCUCUAGUUGUUUGAUUG